AUGGAUUCAUCGGAUGUACUUGGCUUUGUAGCAAACCUAACAGCUACGUUGGCCGAGGACUCACCAGAGCAUAAACCAGCACCCACUCUCACCUGGGUAAAUGUAGCUAUUGCUUCAUCAUUUAUCCUCAUCAAUGGUUUCAUCUCGCUUAUACUGGGCUUGCAAUUGGAAAAGACACUGAUCAUUGCUGCUGUUCGCUGUUUGGUUCAACUAACGUUGAUGGGCUUCAUCUUGGAAGAUGUGUUCAAAACAAGACACCCAGCACUUGUGAUGCUCAUGACAUUUGUGUUAAUCUUCCUUGGAGCCUAUGAAACAGUAUACAACAAAUCCAAACAAACAUAUAAGGGCAUGUUUAUUUCAGUCUUGCUUUCAUCAGGCGUUGCCACCUUAGUCGUUGGUAUUGUAGGCACUCGUUUUGCCAUGAAGCAAACACCGUUUUGGAUCCCUGAGAUUUUCAUUCCAACCAUGGGUAUGCUAUUGGGUAAUGCUAUGAGUGGUAUGGCUGUUGCCCUGAGCAGCUGUUUGUCCAGUGUGGGCACUCGCAAAGAGCAAAUUGAAACAUACCUUGCUUUCGGUGCAAGCCGUUGGGAAGCGGGUCAGUCCAUUGCCAUUGAGGCCGUUCGACUCUCCAUGCUGCCAACUAUCAACCAAAUGUCUGUCAUUGGUUUGAUUGCCAUCCCUGGUAUGAUGACAGGUCAAAUUUUGGGUGGUGCUCCUGUGAGUAAUGCUGUGAAAUACCAACAAAUCAUCAUGUUCUUGAUUUCUGCAAGCACAGCUUUGGGCGUCUUGAGUGCCGUUGUGUCGUGCAUUCGAGUUGUCAUUGAUAGCCGUCAUAGAUUAAGACCAGAGAAGAUCAUCAACGGAAGAGCCAGUUUGUUUCAAGAUAUUAAGCAGGUGUUGACCCAUGUUUGGGAAGGACUGGUGUACGUAUUUUGCUGUUUCUGCUGUAGAGUGCAAAGGAAGAAGCAAGAUGAUGUUGACAACGGUCCUUCUUCAUCAUCUCUUCGAAGAAGUGCAGCAGAGGAAGAUGACGAAGAUGAUGCAGAUGUUGAUCAACGUAGACCUUUACUGAAUUAG